CGUCAUUAUUAUUGUUUGGUGUAUAUGUAUUAGGUACACUUUUGUACAAAUGUUUUUGUUCAAAUAAAUAAACAAAUCUACGUUAAUCUUGCGAGUAUACCGAAUUGUGUUAUUUGUCUGCCUUACUCCGUAACCUGAUCUUAAGGCAGUAAUUGUCUUUACGAAAUUUACGUUCUGAGUAUGCAGACUGGACGGUUUCAUUUUCAAAUAGGAUAAUGUUAAAUCUUUGUGUUUAUAGCAAGGAAUCUUAUCCGGAAAACCGUAGUGUCAUGUGAUUAACAUGCCAUACUUUCGACAGGGAUCAAUUUAUGAUAUAUUGUUGAGUCCAGCUAGAAUCCAUCAGAGUGACUUGCUGAUCCUUUAUUGGAUUCCUAGACACCGUGAUUUAGUGGAUUUAGAUACUAUAAUGUAAGGUCAAAUAUGACCAGUGGAAAGUGCGUUAUAGUUUUAUUGCUGUUUUCAAUACUAAUACAUGCAUUAUUUUAAUUGACAGGAUAAGGAGUCCGUCGUCAUCAGUCAUUUAUGCCUUGUGGACCUCGCUGGUUCCGAACGUACAAGCCGUAGUGGGACGCAGGGGAAUCGCUUGAGGGAAGCAUGUAGGCAUUUGUUUUUUUUUGUUAGUUCGUUGGAUAAAGUGAGGCUCCCUGGCUUCGUGUUAACGAAUUUUCGAUAGGGAUAUAAAGUGUUUGUUUUGUUUCUUCCAAAUUACAUCACAGAAAAACACCAACUAUCCAUUGUAAAGUAGGUUCAUUAUUUAUUGCUUCAGAAACUUGACUUUCAGCGAGGUUACUAUUUGGAACGCUAAUCCAUUGAUGCUUGUAAAACCUAGUAGUAAUAAUGACUUAGUAAAUGCGCCUCAUUGCUUGGUCCAUGAGUUUAUUCAGCAUUACUGAAUUUCAGUAAUUAUUGCACCAUUUCCUGACUGCUUUUUUAAUAUUCAAGUGAGAUUUAUCUGUUGACAUAUGUAGAAAGUUAGUUCGCUCUAAUGAUGGAAUCACCAAGCCAACCAUUUUGAGACAUUAACUGAAGUUAUAUCAAGUUGAAGUAAGUUAGAAGUGGACGAACGAAGAUAUUACACCAGUUCAGAAGUUCACUAGCUGUUGAUGUAAUUCGUGUAAAGAAAUUCAAAUAUCACGGUUAAAACGCAUAUGUUUCUAUCAAUCCUUCGUUGAACACCCUGAGUUUAGAUAACCUCAUUCCAAUUUCCAUCAAAAUUCUUUAUGUUAUAUUUUAAUGUUUCAGCCAACAUUAACAAUUCUCUAAUGAAUCUUCGGAAGUGCAUCAAAGCCUUGCGUGAUAUUCAAACUUAUGGAAGUAAAAGUCGGGGAACCACAACUACUCCUGUUGGACACACACGUGUUGUUCCCUACCGUGAUGCUCGGUUAACAUAUCUUUUUAAGAACUUCUUUGAGGGCGAUGGUCGCGUUGCAAUGCUUGUUUGUAUUCAGCAAGCACCAGAAGAAUACGAGGAAACCAUGCACGUCCUUAAAUUUGCUGAGACAAGUCAGGAAUUAACAACUUACCGCAAUAUUGUCCAACCAACCCCCUUCCGUGCACCCUACAACCAGAUCCGUCCACGACUACAAACUCCCUUGCGUGUUUCUGACGAUUCUUCAAGUACAACAGAAAAUUCUGUCAUAACUGUUAAUACUGAUGAUCAAGCUACUCAAAUUUUUGCUGAUUUGGAUUUCUUGGAUCGUGAAGUCACUUCUUGUUUAAACAAAAUGUCUAACGGCGAUAGUUUCAUCGGUUUAAAUCUGGAUUUCGAUAUAACAGACUUUAAUGACUCUGACAUACGCGCCGGUCUUGGUUUACAGGACCAAAAUUCAGAUUUGUCUCCCUAUGAAAGUGAACAAGACUCAGCACCUGAACAAGACAGGUUACCAAGGCCAUUCCUCGAUUUAAAAAUAAUUGACACAAAUCCUUUACGAGCUUUAAUCAAUCGUCGAUUAGAACGUAAGAAGCAGGCUUAUGAUUCUUUGCAAACAUUAUUUCCUAGUCUCCAGGCUCUAUUCAUUGAAUUAUUGAAUAAUGAAAAGAAUAUCAGUCCAGAAGUUGUCACAACAAAUCAACCGAAACCCGGAAGGAAUUUAGUCAGUACAUUAUCCAAACAGUGGGAAUCAAGACUAGCUCAACAACAAGCUGAAGCGAAGAUACUAUCACGUCCUAACAAUAAUAAUACCAAAAGAAUUGACGACAGGGUCGCAUUGACUCCUGGUAAACUAAAUGAAAGACGUGCUGCUCCAGCGUUUAAUCCUCGUCACCGUCGGUCUCGAUCAGUCGGUGGGGAUAAUGCACGUUGGUUAGAGCAUCAAGAAGCUAAUAAUACACCUUUAGGCACAAUAUUUACACCAAAUUUGAAACAUCGGAAAUCUGUUACACGUGUUGAACUAAAAGAUACUUUGAAUGCGGAUAACUAUCUUUUACAUCAUCAAGAGGCAGAUUCAGAUGGUAACGUUGAAACAAGUCUUUUUAAAGGUGCCAUUAUUCCUACUGCUGGUGGUGGUUCGGCUGUUGUUUUUAAUGAUGUAGAAGUUUUACGUCAAUCUUCUCCAGGCCGCGAACAAAGGAAAAGUAGUCGCCCCAGAGGCGCUGAUGCUCAUUUGAAACAAGUUAUAAGCGAAACUUCUCGUCGAUCAGGGAUAAAACGUCGCCAUUCUAAUUCACCGACAAGAAGACCUUCUAAUGAAUCUGUCUCAACACAUAGUUCUCAAGGCACAAUGGCAUCUGACUAUUGUCCUAUGAGUCCAUCUAUAGAAAAAAUCUCAACAGCUUAUAAUGAUGCUAAAUGUUAUAUCGGCAUCGACUGUAAUGGAGGAAUGGGCUUACGAAAAAGGUCCAGAUUGUAAAAAAGAACGUCAGAAGUAAAACUGAUUACUUUUUUGCUUGUCUAUUUAAUAUUAUAUAGAAAAACUACUAACUUAUCCAUAUUCACGUGCAUAUUUUUUGUUUUUAACCGUUAAAACUAUUUAUAUUUUAUUAGUCUUUUGUCAUUGCUUAUUUUUGACGUACUGUAACACUUACAUCAGAUUCCCUUAUAAAAUCAAAUACACUUAUUUUAUAACUUUU